AUGAAGUCCACCACUGCCAUCCUCUUCACCCUCCUCGCGGCCCUCACAAGCGCCGCCCCCCUGGAGCCCCAGGCCCAAAACACAUCCGCAGGCCCCUCGGCGGUCCUGAUGGAGCGGCGCUCGCAGACGGGCAAGAUGACGCACUACACGCCCGGGCAAGGCUCCUGUGGCAAGACCAACACGGAGAACGAUCUCGUCGUGGCCAUCUCGCAGAGCAUUUACGGGACGUACGCGAACCCGAACGCGUCGCCCAUGUGCGCCAAGUCGGCGAGCAUCAAGUGCGGCGGCAAGACCAUCACGGCGGCCGUCGUGGACAAGUGCAUGUCGUGCGGCAAGGGGGACAUUGACGUGUCCCCUGCCGUGUUCAAGCAGUGCGGGGCCCUGAGCGCUGGGGUUAUCACUGUGACCUGGGAUGUGGUGUCAAAGAAAUGA